GAUUUUGCAUUUGGAGAUUCCUGCAACUCACAUUGUGAAGUUCCAGGAUGCGAAAAUGUUGCUAUUGUUCGCUGUUCCUGGUGCAAAAAGUCGCUAUGUUUUAAACACUUUUUCGAUGAUUAUCAUUACUGCAGUACUUACAACGGUUAAUAGAGCACACCAUUAUAUGUUCGCUUCUAUUUAUUGCUGUUGUCAUAUUAUCAAUAAAAGAUAUAAGCAUAUUGUACGCUCUCUUUUUUUUACUUGACUACGCAAUUUUUCUAUGCGUCAUCCCAAAACUUGGUCUUAUCAACCGGAACGAAUAUGAGUAUAUGUGUAAGCGCUUAUCGUAUGCCUAUGUUAUUAUCCCAUUGCCAAAUAUAAAUCAGUCAGAAUUAUCAAUAAGGGAAAACGUAUCACGACCAGAAGAAAUAAGGAAAACAAAAAAUUACUGCCGUUUUAUUGAGAUUUGAUGUAAACAUAUAUAGGGGUAGCUCACCCCCUUAACUUGAUUUGCGAGAAAAACGCAAAAACACGUAUCUACUAUUUUUUUACCUUCUUCGAAAUCCAAUUAAGUCUUCUAACCUUGAAUUUUGAGGUUUAUGGAAGCUCGUUCGCGUACUCGUCCUUAUAAGGUUGAGUAUGGUCUGCAGUGUCUGCUCCUAGGUUUACUGAUGGCGGAGCUGUAGUGCGUGCCGGGGCCGAUGGAGGUGGUGCCCCGUAUAAUGGGAUUAACGUGGAUGUUAAUUUUGAGCAUGACAUCUCAAAUUUUUUUGUCUGGCUUCCGAAUAGGCCUGAUAUGUCCAGGUAGUCAGAUUCCGCCAUGGUUAGUUGGUUGGAGGUCGAUGGAGAGCCGCGUACACACUUGAGCGCGAAUGCGAAUGAGGCAGGCCGAGGCCGCAAGAGCGCGCAAGUGUAGACGCCGAUCCGAGGCGCGGCAAACAGCCUUGAGUCGUGCGGCGCAGGGCCUCAGACCGAGCCAAACAUCGUGGAUCGGACAAAGAAAUUCGUGCUCAGUCUGGACGUGUUUGUUUAUAUACGCGCAUUAAUUGUCCGUGAACGGAGCAUCAAAAAACACUACGGUAUUUCUAAUUCCUAAAUACUAAAAGGAAUUUAGCAAUAAGAAACUUGCCUUAUUUCUUUCUUCGAAAUGGAGUGGGAUCAAGAAACUUGUAUAAAGUUGAUUGGCGAAUACAGAAAUAGAGAAGUUUUGUGGAAUCCUCGAAAUCUUUUUCAUUAUAAUAAAAUACGAAAAGAAGACGCCUGGAGGGAAGUUUCUGAAAAAUUUGGAAACGAUAUUAAUGAGGUGAAAAAAAAAAUUGAGAGCCUGAAAGGUUCCUACAGACGAGAGAAAACACGAAUGAAGAAAAGUGUUGGAACAGGAAAAGGACGAAAUGAGGUUUACAUGUCCAAAUGGUUUGGGUUCGAACAUUUACAUUUUUUGGAAGAUAAGGACGAGGUUCGGAAGACUUUGAGCAAUGUACCAACACCGUUUAACGAAGAAGAAGAUUCUAGCAAUGAAUCACGAAAUGAGACAUUCAGAGAAGAAACAGAAAUUGGACAAAAUCAAUACUUUGAAGAAGUACUUGAUGAACAUACACUAGGCAACGAGAACGAGAUGUCGGAUAAAGAAGAUAAAAAAGAGUUCAAGUCUCCAAAAAAGCUUGCAAUAAAACGGAAAAAGAAUGAAGAAGACCCAAGAAUUGCAAAAGCUUUUGGGUAUCUCGAAGAAGCAACUGUAGCUGCGAAGCAAAAAAAAGAUCAAUAUAGUCUUUUUGGAGAAUACAUUGCAGAUAAAUUGCGCACGUUUGACGCCCGUAGUCGCGCCGUUGCACAACAUCGAAUUAGCAAUGUUGUUUUCGAAUUGGAAAUGAAUGCAUUUCAGCAUCCGGAAACUCCACUCGUGCAAUCUUCUUUUCCGAUCCAUUCCUCUCAGAGAAAUGCUUAUCAAUCAGUUGCUCCACAUAACCAAAGUCAGGCGCAAUUUGGUUAUAGCGACCAAUUUUAUCGAGCACCAAUGUCAACAAAUUAUAAUCAACCCUCCCUGCAUUUGUCCAAUUUUCAACAGGAGACAUUACGUCCACUUACUCCACAAACAUUUGACACUGAUAGCUCUCGAUCAUCCACUCCAAUGAGUCAGCUAAAUUCACCAUAUCCAUCUCCCCAAAAAAACAAUUCGCCCUCUUUAUGUAAUUAUUUUCAACAACUUUCAGAUUCAUCCAAUGAUACGCAAUAAAGAAAUCACUACAAUAUUUUUAUAUCGAUAUUCUUGUAUUUUAUAAAUAUACUACCAAUAAAAAUGUUCAUGACAGCUA